AUGUUGGGGGGGAGUGUUACUCAAAACUCUUCGCGGGCUUUUCCAGAAUCGGGAGGAAACGCCCCCUGGUGCGCGCACUGGGAAGGGAAAGGGGGAGGCUGGGGGAGAGAGGUGGAGGGGGGGCUGAAGGGAGUGUCAAGGGUCGACUCAACAAGUCAUCUCUUUCCCAGCGACCCCUUUCCCUUUCUACUCUUCAUCCGCCCCGUCCCCUCCCCUUCUCAUCUAAUCUGGCCUCCUCCUUUCCCUCCUUUCUUCCUUCCCCCGUCGCGCCCUCCGACCCGCCCUCCGCACGAGCAGUGGAAGCAGGCGGGCAUGUGGGUCGCAGGAGCGGCCGCAGCAGCCGUGGGCGUGCAAGUCAGCGCGCAAGUGCUUGAGGCACUUGACAAGGUCCCCUUCCUAGCGGACCUGGAGGUGCUGGUGGGUACGGGCGUGGCGCUCAACUUCCUCUCCUCCUACGUCCGCGGAGGGCCGGCGCGAGCGCGGGUGCAGGCGAGCAUAGACAGCAUAGUGGACGCCAUUAAAGGCUUCGACUCGCCCACCGACUCGGACCUUCAGCUGCAGCUGCAACAGCUUGUUGCCGACACCACCGUCGUCGCUACUCCCUCUCUCGCCUCCGCCUCCACCUCCUCCGCCUCCAUCUCCCCUUCCUCUUUCUCCUCCGCGUCAUCCUCCUCCUCCUCCUCGCCCUCCUCGCCCUCCUUCGCUGCUCGAAUUGCCGGUACGGGGCUGUUCAAGGCAAGGGGAGGGCAGAGCGCCAAGGAAGUGGGCAGGCAGGCGAGGCCAGCCGAGUUGACCUUCGGAGGGAUUAGGGAGGAGGGAGAGAGAGCAGAGGAAGGAGAAGAGGUGGUGCUGGUGAAGAAACAGUCGCUGAUCAGCCGGUUGGUGGAUUUUGUCCGGGGCAAGGAGGUCAAGACAAAACGUGCCACCCUCGCGCUGCAGGCCGAGGCCGCCCGGUCGCAGGCGCUGCAGUCCCGGGCGGCGGAUCUGAACCAGUCGCUGCAGGCCAGCAAGCGGGCGGCGCAGGCUGCCGCCCAGAAGCUGGAGGAGCUGCGGGCGGCGAACGGGCGGCUGCAGGCGGAGCGGAGCGAGUCCCGGGCGGCAAUGGGCGGACUACAGCAGGAAGUGGCGUCGCUGUCUGCCGCCCUGGGGAGCCUCACAGCUGACACAGACGCUCUGAAGCAGUCCAAGGAGAAGCUCGCCUCCAAAGUGCAGUCAGCAAUCACCGAGAACCAAUCGCUGGCAGCCAGCCUGGCAUCCGCGAAAUCCAGGCAGCAGCAGCAGGUGGCGGCGGCAGAGGCGAUGCGCGCCCAGCUGAGAGCCGACGAGGCCACGCUGGGGAAGCCUUGA